AUGUUUGAAAAUUUAAUCAAAAUCAUUCGUAGUAAAGGAGAUGCUGAAGAGAAUAACAAUGAGAUUGAAUUACCUGCAUUUUCGGAUAAUUUUAUAAGCAUAAAAGCUGUAACAUCGGAAAAUUUAAAGGACUUUUUGGAUGCUUUAAGCAGCUUUAUUGAUAGACUCAAUGAGCUUGUUGCCGAUCUUUAUAAGAGUGAGAAAAACAUAUAUCUAUGUAAAGAGUACGAAAAAGCCAUAUCGGAAUUGAGCAGGAAAGAAGCACAGAUAAAAUAUUUGUCAAGUUAUUCUGAAUCUAUGCAAUCAAAAAUUGAAGCUUUUCAAAAGCAACUCGAUGAAAAGGAAGCCACAAUAAAUAGAUUGGAGGAUAAAAAAUCUGUAGUUUUAAAUAAACUAAUUAAUUUGAAGAAGAACAUGCGAAGAAAUCAAUCGAAACCAAUAAGUAGGAUACCAAUUCCUAUGAAAAGUAGAUUACAACUUAGAGAACGGCAACAAACUGAUAAUGUGACAUUAAAUCUAUUGCCAAUUGCAAGUGUUUCAUCUAAUGAAAUUGACGACGAGAAUGACAAUUUUUCUGACUGGAUGGAACUUGAAUAA